UUCUCUUUUUCUGGUGUCAGCUUGGGGUGGUUUUUUUGGGGAGGAGUUUGGGGAGGACUUUAGGGAGUGAGCCACGGCAGCCUGCCCCAGAUGGAGAGAGGCACAGGGCCCGCACCGUACAGCAGUCCCGCAGAGGCCAUCUGAAAAUGUCGUGCCAGGAAGGCACCGUGUGGUACCUCAGCUGUGGGCUGGUCUUCGGCGGGGUGAUGUUCCUCUUCAGACAGAUGAGGGUCCGCACUCCCUACGGGCGCUACGUGAACCCCUCUGCGAGGUUGCUGGUGCCGGCCAAGUUGGCUUGGUUCCUCCAGGAGCUGCCCUCCUUGCUGGUCCCUGUGGUUCUGGUCCUGACGGCACACUCUCCAUCCAAACUGGGACAGAAGCUUCUGCUCUGGACGUUCUGCCUGCACUACUUCCAGAGGACAUUCAUCUUUUCGUUGCUGACCAAAGGCCGCCCUUCCCCUCUCAAGAUUGUAGUCUCCGCUACUGCGUUCUGCUCCAUCAACGGCUUCAUCCAGGGUCACUACCACCUCCACUGCUUCCAGUACACGGAGGUCUGGCUGGCGGACAUCUGCCUUGUGACUGGUUUGAUAUUAUUCUUUCUGGGAAUGGCCAUCAACGUCCACAGCGACCACAUCCUGCGAAACCUGAGAAAACCAGGCGAAUUCACCUACAAAAUUCCAACAGGUGGCCUGUUUGACUACGUCUCCGGUGCCAACUUCCUCGGUGAGAUCGUGGAAUGGCUGGGCUACGCGGUCGCUACUCGGUCCUUUCCCGCGAUCUCCUUCGCCUUUUUUACCAUGUGCUCCAUAGGACCGCGAGCCUUCCACCACCACAGGUUCUACAAAGAGAAAUUCAGCGAUUACCCACAGUCCAGGAAAGCUUUGGUCCCUUUCAUCUUUUGAGAGGACAGGAAGCACUCUUUGACAUGCUUGUCCAAGGCACCGAUACUAGCAAAGCAUCUUAGAGCACUAACACUAUGAAGAGACCUAUCAGUGAGAUGCAGGUCGCCAGACUACAGAACAUGUUGUGAGGCUUGCCUGCUGUCUACAGUGCCGAGGCAUAUUUCACACAUUAGGAACAUCGUGUCUGGAGUCAAACUGUCCACUAGGAAGCGCUUGCUAGGUCCCGCCCCCUCUUUGAGCACAUGAUCGAGUUUGGCAGCGCAUGUAUAUAUUAUUGUAAAUAAUUUCUGCACAUUGAGUACUGCUUCGGGUAAUUUCACAAUCCAGCAGUUGUGAAAUGUCCGAGUUAUUCUCUUUUGAAAUAAGAGACACACAAACCAAAAUAAAAAAAUUAAAUAAAAAAAAAACUGCCAUAGUUUCUCAGGUUGUUGGAGUCCAUAUGAAUUGGUCAUGGAGGGGGUUCUGGUCAGGGAGCCAACUGAAUAAACACACUCUCCCAGACCAGCUGCGGUCCUUCGCUCUUCUGCCAGGUCUGCUCUUGUUGUCGCCAGUGUCUUGGGAAGGAAGUGAUGAACUCCAAAUGUGUCUACUUUCCACUGCCAAGGUAUGGGAGCCAGAUCGCAACUGUUUACAGCAAUUUUUUUCAGUGUCUUCUCACUUACUUUGAGAGCAAGUAGUUAUUCCAGACCAAUAAGUAUGAUUUUAACCAUUCCCAGACUUCAACCAAGGCAUUCAUUCAUGACAGGAGCAGCUUGUGGCUGAUGGCAAAUAUUUAACAUUUGGAGAAAAACCAAGAUAAAAUUAAUAAUAUAAAUAAUAUAGCCAUCACCUGCUCCCUGGUAACUUGUUAGCUGUUUGGAAAAGUCAGAAUUAUCAAAACCCAAAGAGGAACUUCCUGGUUUACAUUGCCCACUUGAAUAAAGGCCUCCAGUUUGAAGCCAGCAGAUUGCUGAGUCUUGACAUCAUAUCCAUUGCUAGCGACAGUGUAGUGUAAUGGGUCACAGGUCCCAUUCCCAGGUAGGACACUGCCGUCGUACCCUUGAGCAAGGUACUUACCCUGCAUUGCUUUAGUAUAUAUCCAGCUGUAUAAAUGGAUGCAAUGUAAAUGCUAUGUAAAAGUUGUGUAAGUCACUCUGGAUAAGAGCGUCUGCUAAAUGCCUGUAAUGCAAUGCAAUCCUGUCCCUAGUUAUUUUCCUCUUCAGUUGCCUAACACCGUUUUUGGGUGACAGGCCACAGGUACAUUGAGUUAGAGAACCAUUUUAAAUUACACGAACCAUUUCGUCUUAAACAACGACAGGCAUAGGACUAGAAUUAAUUUAAUGUCGACAGUUUGCACAUUUUAAAAAAUAGACUAAAUGCAUUUGAAAUACAGUAUGAAACAAGCACAUUUUUCCUCCAGAUCUCUUUGGCCAAGUAUAAAUACAAAGCAGACAAACAAAGCAAUAAAUUAUGUUUCAUCAGCUUACAGUUGGAAACUGUUGGAGGAGUAAGUCUGGUCUGACAUCAUUGUGUUUUAUAACUUCCAUUUUGUAAGCAGUUUUUGCACAAUAUAGUCACAAAGUCUUACUCAUCUGAAAUGGCAGACACAGUUUUAUUAAAAAGUAAUCACAUGCACAAGGGCCCAGUUUAUCUCACCAUCAUACUAGCACGUCUAAAUUCACUUUUUAAUGUUUUAAAAUGUUUUUAAAAAGGUUUUAGGAGGAAAAUGUGUAGUAACUACAUUUGCUUAAUGUACACUACCCUUUUAAGGUAACCAGCAAAAAUGGAAAAUUUGGAAAAUGUUUUUCCUGACAAAAUAUAUGUUACUGUACCUGUACAUGAAAAGCAAGGAAUCGGGUUCAUAGCACUAACAUGAGUGAUGAUUUAAUUAUGCAAUCAAUUUGAUUUAAUCAAAUUCCAGUCUAUUUAUUACUUCAGAACAAAUGUUUUUUUGUUGUUUGUAUGAAGGACAAAAAAGAGUGCAACACUAUUUUAUUUGAGCAAACACAAUAAAAUACCUUAUACAAUAUGAA